AUGUCAACUCUUGAAGAAAUCAAAAACGCAUCAAAGGAUGCAAAAACGAGACUGGAUGAGGCGGUUGAAGCAGGUGGAAUACUUACAAAAAAAACUUUGCAUCUUACAAAGCAAGAUAUUCGACAGAAUAUAAUUCAAUCAUUUUGCACAAAACUUGAUGAAUUACCAUCUGUUCAUGAUUUGAAAGAUAUGCUUUUGAAGGGAUUUAAUGUAAAGAUACCAAUUCAUGAACAAUUUUAUAGUGAAUGGAAAAACCUAAAUAUAGCACUGGAUAAUUAUUUUCAAAAUGAAGAUGAACAGAAUAAAACAGCCUAUAAACUAUCAUCUAGGUGUGAGUCUGCAAUGGGUCAGACACACUUUGGGUCAGAACUUGCUCUUGUGGGUAAAUAUGACAACUUGAUCAGAGAUAUUUGGGACUUGUUAAAAGAGGGAAUCAAUUUCACAAUAGAUAUAAAUCGAAAUGUUAAAGAAUAUACUGAUGUAACUGUAAAGAAUAAACGUCCAGAUUUUUUAGCUUGGAUAAAUGAUAUUUUAGUAUUUAAGGGAGAAGAAAAGGGACAUUCUUCAAACUUUUCUGCAGCAAGGGAAGAAUUAUUAGAUAAGAUGGGUAGUUGGAACAGUUCAUUUUAUGGCACAGUUCCAUAUCUCCUUUCCUAUGCAGCAGGAGGAAAAUCAUUUCAGUUUUUUGCUAUAACAAAUAAAAAGCAACUAAUACCAAUAAGUGACAAAUAUGAUUUGACAUUACCCUUAGGUGAAAUUAAUGUUUUGAUUUCAUCAUUUAAUAUAUUUCGCCUGCUUAUCACAAUUCAUGACUUCCUGCCUGUUGCACAUGGCCUUCCUUUAUAUAAGGAAAUAAAACGAAAUUAUGGUACAUAUAUUACCAUAGUAUCAGAAGAUACAGUUUUAAAGGAAAUAAAGAACUUCAAUGAAUACAUUGGUAUUGAAACUUUGAAAAAAGCAUAUGCAGUCAUGUCAAGUUCACAAUAUUCAAUACAUUCUAAGCAUGGACCACAAUUAAAAACCACUAGCAAACGUAAUAAUAAGGGGAUACUUAUUCAAAAUUAUUCUGUUCAAUUAACACCAGUAUGUCAUAAACGGUUACCAAAUGAUGAACAUGAAUUAUGUGAAGCUAUUUCAGCAAUGCUUAAUGCCCUAGAUCUUCUUCAUGAAAGAGACCUAGUACAUCGGGAUGUGCGUUGGGACAACAUAUUGUUGAACAAUAAUAAUUGGUUACUAGCUGAUUAUGAACACAUGGGUCAAAAUGGACAGACAGCCAGAUUUCAUCUGGACCAUUGGCCAGAAAAUGCACAUAAUGGUUACAACAGAAAAUGUGAUUUGUUUUUAGUUGGUAAAUUGUUUGAUCAAUUGUCAUUCAAUCUUUCUUCAAAUGCACAAGAAUUUUGUGAAUAUCUGAAACAACAGAGAUUUGAUAAUUGUAAACAAGCUUUGGCACAUAAAUGGUUCAAAACAUUACAUGAAUGA